CAACUGAAGUUCGUUUUAGUCGCCGUUGUGCAUAGUACCUUAGUUGGAAAACAGACAAGAUGUGUGACGAAGAGAUCGCCGCGUUGGUUAUCGAUAAUGGUUCAGGCAUGUGCAAGGCCGGUUUCGCUGGUGAUGAUGCACCACGUGCUGUGUUUCCUUCGAUCGUGGGACGUGCCCGCCAUCAAGGCGUGAUGGUUGGUAUGGGCCAAAAGGACUCGUACGUCGGCGAUGAAGCCCAGAGCAAGCGAGGUAUUCUUACGCUGAAGUAUCCCAUCGAACAUGGAAUCGUAUCUAACUGGGACGACAUGGAGAAAAUCUGGCAUCAUACCUUCUACAAUGAGCUCAGAGUAGCUCCCGAGGAGCACCCUGUUUUGUUGACCGAGGCUCCAUUGAACCCGAAGGCAAAUCGAGAAAAGAUGACUCAAAUAAUGUUCGAAACAUUUAACUGCCCAGCUAUGUAUGUUGCCAUUCAGGCUGUCCUCAGUUUAUAUGCUUCUGGGCGAACCACCGGAAUUGUGCUCGACUCCGGAGAUGGUGUUUCUCACACUGUUCCAAUCUAUGAAGGAUAUGCUCUGCCACAUGCUAUCCUCCGAUUGGAUUUGGCAGGCCGUGAUCUAACCGAUUAUCUGAUGACUAUUUUAACUGAAAGAGGUUAUACUUUCACCACUACUGCUGAACGAGAAAUCGUACGUGACAUCAAGGAAAAGCUGUGUUAUGUGGCCUUAGACUUCGAACAGGAAAUGGCAACAGCAUCCACUUCUACUGCUCUGGAAAAAUCUUACGAACUUCCCGACGGUCAAGUUAUUACCAUCGGAAACGAACGAUUUCGCUGUCCAGAAACACUAUUUCAACCAUCUUUCAUCGGCAUGGAAAGCGUUGGGGUCUAUGAAACAGUGUUCAAUUCAAUCAAGAAGUGUGACGUCGACAUUCGCAAGGACCUGUUUGCUAACAGUGUCCUAUCAGGGGGUUCUACGAUGUUUGCUGGAAUCGCUGACCGAAUGCAGCGUGAACUCACCGCUUUAGCUCCAUCCUCAAUUAAAGUCAAAAUCAUAGCCCCUCCAGAACGCAAAUACUCUGUAUGGAUCGGUGGUUCCAUCUUGGCCUCCUUGAGUACAUUCCAGCAAAUGUGGAUCUCUAAACAGGAAUACGACGAAGCUGGUCCGGGAAUCGUUCAUCGUAAGUGCUUUUAAACUGGUUAUCAUUUCGAUGUAGUUACGCAAUAAUCACCAACCUAAUGAUAGUGAUAAGCUUCUUCAUGUGAUGACAAAUAACAAGCAAUAAAUUUCAUUGUCACCGUCAA